AUGGUUAGGAUUGGUCUGUUGAAUGCCAAAUCUAUCUACAAUAAGGUUGAUGAUGUCAAUGGAAUGAUUUAUGCGGGACUCGACAUAUUGGUUCUGUGUGAAACAUGGCACGGGACCGAAGGUAAUAUUUCCGUUAGAUUAGCUAUGCCACCUGCUUUCACAUUUGUGGAUUUUGUCAGACCGCACGACCCUGGUCACGAAGAUUUGAUUUUACAAUUUUUUGAUGAUAAAAUUGCUAGGAUAACAGAAACAACAAAUGCACAUUCUGAAUUUCCGCUUCAAGUAGUCUCGAUGUUGGAUAUCCAAAGUCAUUUACAACUAAAGACAGUUGGAAACUUACAGACAAAAAAUCGUUACACUCGUUUUCUCUACAAGUUUUUCAACGACUUGAAACAUCUAAGAUGCCAGCCCCGAGUAGAGCUCGUGUUUAUUCUGAUGUCAAUAAUUCAAGGCCAAGAGAAUAUUGGGACUAUGAGGCACAUGUAG